CGGGUCCGUUUUGCUCUCAUUUCGAAUUACGCUUUGCUAAACACAAUUAGUUCUCAAAUUGUGCUGACACGUGAUAUGUUUAGUGUUUUUUAUUAAAAGUGAAGUUUGGCAAGAUUACAUUAUGAAAUCGAUAAUAUUGUUGGCUGCCGUUUGCAUUUCGAAUGCACUUGCUUAUCAUGAUCCUGACUUAAACUACCAUUUAAGCCAACUUCAGAACGUUCAGGGUUGUAACGACAACGGAUAUUCAUACCCGACACCCGCAGUGCAAUUAUCAUUAACAAACGUAAAAGCAACUACAGCUCCAAGAUUAAUUGAACCGGCUUCUUUGUCUUCAUCAAAUGCAUACAAAAGCGCUAACGAAUACUCACAGUCGGUUCUAUUUCAAGCUGCUGCACCAAAAAUAACGUAUCAAGCUCAACCAACAAUAUCGUACCAAGCACCAAUUGCUAUACAAGACGCCGCUGCUUUAAAUGCAGAAUACACGGCGCAAAGAGAAGAACAUGGAUAUGCUACCUCUGAAGGAUUAUCUUCUGCCGCAGUGAGAGCAAUCAUUCCACAAGCAACAUAUAAUCAAGCACCGAUCAUUGCCAAAGUUACCGCUGCGCCUUUACAAACUAAAUUUACUUUAGCUCCCGCCAAGACUACAUAUGUAUCCCAAAAUUCAGUCUCGCAACAAUCUUCAUACUCAUCUGGAUCUUUGGCAAAACAAUCUUUGAACUCUUACACGCAGUCUGUUGGGCCAGUUGUAUCUCAAGUUUAUGCUGCUCCUAGAGCUAGUUACGCAACAUCAGACGCCCUGAAGACUCAAUCACAAUCUCAAUUUGCUGCUCCAGUCUAUACUAUCAAUCAAUAUAACCAAAUUCCACUUAACACUUAUUCUGUGGCCGCGCAAGCCUAUAGAGCACCAGCUGUUUCUCAAUAUUCUACAUAUUCCGUUUCGCAUAAUGCUGCUCCAGUUGUAUCUCAAUAUGCGGCACCGACCUUGACCAAAUACGCUGCUCCUAAUGUAGCUCAAUAUUCUGCACCAGCUCUCCAAUAUUCAAAUUCAGCAGCAACCCAAUAUUCAGUGCCUGUCAGAGCUCAAUAUACAGCACCUGUCGUUACCCAGUACACCGCGCCGUUAGUUACUCAAUACUCAGCCCCAGCAGUAACUCAGCAAGCUACACAUAUAUCCCAAUACUCUGCGCCUGCAGUCGCUCACCAAUCAAUAGCACACAUAGCAGCACCAGCACUAUCAGUGUCUUCAGCGGCGCAAUACGCCACAGGUCAACACGCUGUUAAAAAUGUCCAUAGAGAAUUUGUUGAAAAUUAUGAUGCGCACCCUCGUUACGCUUUCGAAUACGGAGUUAAUGAUCCACACACUGGCGAUAUCAAGCAACAGAAAGAGCAACGUGAUGGUGAUGUCGUAAAAGGUCAGUACUCCUUGGUGGAACCGGACGGCUCGGUGCGUACGGUGGACUACAUCGCCGAUUGGGAGACCGGUUUUCAUGCAAACGUUCACAAUAGCAAAGACAACAAACAUUAGAUAUUCAUUAAGAAAUACUUAAGUUACCGAUACCCUUUUACUAUACUGAAGUUAACCUGUUUGCUACCAGAACUUUAAUCUUUUCCGACCUUGUCCCGUAAUUCUUAAAAUAUGGCUGUAGCACUAGUUCAAGUAUACUUAUGAAACACAAAUUAACACAAUAUUUUUUAUGUUUCCAAAAUUAAUAUUUAAGUACUUGUAUAUAUUAUUUUUGAAAGAUUUUUUAUUUGUAAGAAACUAAAAUUAAAUCAUGUGUUGUAAACUCAAAUUAAAAAAUAGUAUAAGUUCAAUAUAUCUGCUAUGAACUUCAAACGGCCUCUUUUAUCAAUUUGUGCCAUAGAAUAUAGUAAAUGUAACGCUUAUAAUAGGUAAGUAGUGUAGUUUAUAUUGUAAAAAUAUGUAAUGUGAAUAAACUUGUUAAAAUAUCAGUUGGGAAACAAAUGACGACGACAUGUUCUUAUAUGUAUAUGACAUAACUCAUUCAUUUGAAAAUAUUAAUUUUAUCAUUUCAUUAAAAUUCAUAAACUUAUAGUAAUUAAAAAAAAA